CUUCAGUGAGGGCACAAAGCAGUGUAGCCCUGAAUACUAGAAUAGGACACUAAAACUGAGCAAAACAAAAGGAAAAUUAGAAACAUGAUAGCCUAUACCAACAAAACACUGUGACGUGAGUCAGAAGUGUUUUUAAGUAUGACCAAACUUCACCAAUAAAUAGAUAAAUAGAUAAAUAUAUAGAUUUAAACACGUUAGACCUAAUACCUCUCAGGUUCUCUGCUAGUGCUAUCGCUUUAACGGGACGGGCGGUGACGUUGGGCAGAGAGAGCAGGCUGCCGCAGCUGGACCGACUCCCGACCGGGACCAGAACAGCAUCGGCGUGCAGACUCACACGCUGUUAUCACCGUAAAUCUGAGAGUUCAGGUUUCCAAUCCGCAAUGAGAGACUACUCAGCGACUCCGAGCAAUGGAGGCUCCUGCAUGCCGUGUUGCCAAGUUUGCGUCUUUGCCUUUACCGCAUUUCUCCUCGUUGCAGAGAGGACGGCACUGAUCUACUGCUUUGUGUACUAUCUGUGGGUGGGUCACAACUACUGCUAUGCCUAUCUUGCUGGCUUCACUGCACUGUUCCUGCUGCCAGGUUGGGGUCCCCAGUUGCUCAGUUACCUGUGGUACCUGUCAGAUGGACGCAUCCGCAGGAAGUCUCUCACCUGGACACACAUACUGCACCUGGGUAUCUUCAAAAGGCUGUUGGAGUGUAUGGCUCUGCCAGAUGAGGAUGUGUAUGGUGAGAUCAUGCAGCAGGCUGAUGCAUCUGCCUUGCGUCUGUUUGAGGCCUUGGUGGUCACCCUUCCUCAGACGCUGCUGCAGACCUAUGUGCUCAUCUGUACUGAUAUAGGAAUCAAGUCUCCAGCCUCUGUGUGUUUUGUAGUGUGUUUGUUAUCUCUCGCCUGGGCCUUGGUCCUCUAUGCCAGAGCCUGUUCACUCAUCAGACCAGGACACCUACAAAUGACCCCCGCUGCCAUACUCUGCCGACUGCUGUGGAGGGUCAGUAUGUUGGGAUCUCGAUUUGCCGUUCUCAUGCUCUUCACACGUAUCUUUAAACAGUGGGUCCUUGGAGUAAUGGGUGUGCACUGGCUUGGUGCAACUUUCUGGAUGGUGUCUCAGCAGACUGACAUCAUACGUUCAACUAGUCGAUGGAGACUCUUCAACCUCGUUCUGGGAGCCAUUCACAUCUUCCUUUUCCUCAAUGUGAAGCACGGUCAAUCCAGAUGCCGCAUUGCUGGUUUCUACCUGGCCAUGUUUAUAGAGAACGCUUUUCUUCUUCUGGCCUCCUCGUGGAUGUUCACCAUGGUGUCCUGGGAUACGGUGGGAAUCCCAGCUGCAGUCUUCUGUAGCUUCCUCAUAGGAGUGAUAGCAUUGGUGCUGUACUAUCGUUUCCUCCACCCUAAGUCCUUUGAAAUUUUCCAGAGUAUUCGCUACAGGGGGAUAGGUGGAGCCUGCAUGGAGCGUGGAUCUACACUCUCAUUGGAGGAGAAAGUCACACCCACUUUUAACCGCCAUGCGACACUGUCAGGAGGUGGGACCCUCAUGGAUCUCCCUAUCCAAUGGGAGGGCUGGAAACAUCACCACUGGCUGCUGAUUCGCUUGGCCCUGAAGACGGGGGAUGUAACUAAGAUCUGGUCGUUGUAUGGCGAGGGGGGACUUGCCGGACUGAUGGGUCUGUCUGAAGAAGUUCACUCCCCCGAUGAACUUCUUGUCCCUCGGCAUCCACCUGUUCAGCCACAGGUUCCUCAGAUCUCGCAACCAGCUCCUCAACCAGCUCCACCACAGGUGACCCAGGCUCCACAGGUGAGAGAGGUGGUCCAGCCACCAAAGCCAGCUCCCACCAGUGUGGUUGCCAGACCAGUGAGAAAAGCUCCUCCCACAACAAUCCAAGAUAUGAGAAGGUUUCCAGAGAUCAUCCCAGUCCAGGAGGUCAUUCUUGAAGAGACGGAAAGAGAGACAGAAGAGGAGUCCAGCGCUCCACCAUCAGAAGACAAAGGUGAUGAAGAGUUUCAGAGUGCAGCUUACGGCUCGCCAACUAUUUCAUCUCCCCGGCAAACAGGAAGCCUCCGCCACAUUGACAGCAAUGCUGCGACCCUGACUGAAGCCUCGUCCUCCCCAGGCUCUCUGGACAUCAAGACUCCCGGCUGGUCACCUGAGCGACGUUCCCCUCUCCCAAUUGGUUCCCCGGAGAAAAAAUCGGGGAUCCCUGGAGAGUCCAGCACUACACUGUACUUCAGCGCGGAUGCACAGUCUCCCUCCAGUGGGAGCUAUCUAGGCUGGGGCUCCGAGUUGUCGCCCAUCUCCACCUACAGAAGUCCCUACCGGAUCAGAGAGGCUCGCUUUGUCACAUCCACCCCACGACUGGAGCCUCGAGCUGGCGCUGAAAGUCCAUGCUUAGCCCCUGUUGUUGUUAUCCCUGCCACUCCUGGUACAACACCCGGCACCUCCCCAGGUGGAACCCCUGGUGCUUCAACACCCACUGCUUCAACACCCGCUGCUUCAACACCCGCUGCUUCAACACCCGCCGCUUCAACCCCUGGUGCAUCGACUCCUGGUGCAUCGACUCCUGGUGCAUCGACUCCUGGGGCAUCGAUUCCUGGUGCUGCUAUCCCCGGUACUCCAGUGGUUCCACUCACUCCAGUCAUCUCCCAUGCUCGCAAACAGAUGGUCCAGUUUGUGGACAGCAGAGAGAGGGCAGUGUAAGGAGGAUGGGGGUACAGGGGAAGGGAACAACUGGGUGGGGAAUGAUGUGUUUUUCAGUUUAUUAGUUGAGGAUAUACAUGAAUUCAUGCAUUAACUAACUAACCAGGCUGGUUCUUUUCAGCUCAGUUCAUUUGAAUCAGUCGUGGAAGAAAAUAAUAUAUAAAUGAUUAUUUAUGGGUUUUCUUUGUAUCUGCAUCUGACAUCCAGAUACAAGGGUUACAUUAGCAGAAAACUGGGAUGCAUGGGUAGCACAUUAGCAACACUCUUGCCAACCACUAUUAAUGUUUAAUCUAUUAAAGAUUAUUAAUCCUGGCUCCAACACAUGUAGUGUGUAUUGCCGUUAAGUCAGUGAUGGACCAGGUCCUUGUUGCUGCACAAGCAGCUCCUGGUUGGUUGGAGCAUCUGCACGGAGGAGAGUGGGAUAGUAUGAAACUCCUCGCUUGCUACUGUGAACUCCUGUUGGUGCAAGGGAAGCAUCUGGUGAACUCAUGUGUUUCAGGUGAAGCAUGUGGCUGUCUUCCUACCGAGGCCACAGAGGAGUUAACACUGACAAACGCCGCUGUACAAGGGAAUCGGCUAUUCCAAAUAUGGGGGUCGGGGAGGUGGGAAUGUGUUUUUUUUUCAGUUCUUUAAAGCCAUUUGAUGAAAAAAAAAUCACUAUAUAGUACAGAUAAUUAUUUACAGAUGAUUGGAUCUGGUUUACUCAUCAAAAGAAAACACAGAUAACAAUUCACUGGUGCUAUAGAAUGUGGGGUAUCACACAUUAAUUUAGAUAAACCCGUCCCUUAAUCAUUAGAAACUAACUACAGCAGUUAAGCUAAAGCUUAUUCAGGCAGUACAGCUGAGGUUACCUCUGGGGAAAUUAAAAUAAUCAUAAUUAUUAUGAUGACAUUUAAAAUUACAAUGCUUAAACAAUCAUGUGAAUCAAGGCAAAUUUAUUUAAAUGGUAGUUAGAUCCCAGUGUCAAGAAUUUUCUAAAUGAACCAGGUAACUAAACUAGUUUACAAUAACCAAACAGCCUGCCCAUCUGCUCAGCAAAAUCUCCUGUAACGCCGCUUGCCAAUGCCAGUCUCUCUUUUUUUUUAAUUGGUGAGUUUAGUCUGAUGCAAUGUUAGGAAAUGUAUUUAUAAUGCAUACUUACUGCAGAUCCAAGCAUACAUUUAAUGUCACGUAAUGAUGUUAUCAUGCUUGCAAAUGCUUUUUCUGUUUUUGUUUACAAAACCUUCACAUGAUGUUGAACAUCCUCUCCAGUUUUCAGGAAGCCACCCAUGCAUCCAGUCAGUCAGUUACUCACUGUGUGUACAGUUCAGUACGCGGUUGGUGUUUACACAUACUACUGACAGAACUUGUCUGUAAAAUAGUCAGAUUUGUUAAUUGAUGUCUUUAUUUUCAUGAAACUAUCAGAUAAGCAAAUGACAAAAAGCAAAGGUUUGAGGGAAUAUGUAUAUCAUAAAUUAUAUGCUAUGCUUUCCUUUGCUCAUUGUAACUGCAAUAAUUAGUCAGUCCGCACUUCACCACAGAAAAGAGGUACAGCUAGUGUAUUGUUAGCCGCCAGAGUGGUUGCAGAGUGACAACACUAUGAUUAUAAUGUGAGUUUAUCAAAAGGAAAUGAAGCAAUAUAGAAUAUUAAGAGUAUCAGCUGACAUUUCUGUUCUUAAAUGCAUUUAAUUUUAUUUAUUUAAUUUUAUUAUUGAGUAUAUUGAUCAGUUAUUUGAUAUCAAAACGUAUCUUUUAUGUGUUUGUUAGGACUUUGUUUAAGACGUGCAGAAAUGCUUUAUAUCCCUAAAUUAAGACAUAAAUAAAUAAGAAGUCUCCAGAAUUGAGACAAUUUCUCCAUACACGCUCACACUUUAAAGACAUUUCAAAAACAAGUAAGGUGAAAUGAUACUGUACAACAAACAGAUCAUAUCUGCAGGACAUAAUUGUUGUUGUGUUAUUGUCUCUAAGAAAGAGAAGGAGGUAACUUUUAUUUAUUUUUUGAACACCUCUGACAAUCAUGUUCAUUUUUUAUUGAUAAAAGAAGGGAAGUGUAUGGAUGAUGAUGUGCUGGGAGGGAAGUUAAGCUAGCUCACUACCAUUGUGUUUUUUCUGAUUAAGCUAUUGCCCCAAAUUCUUGUGGUCCCAAAGUGCUUUAAAUUUUAGAUUUUUAAUUUGGCCAUCUACUUAAUCUUCUUCACAUCCGACUUAUUAAUUGCUAAAACGCUUUACAGCAUGACUGCUACCAUAAUUAUUAGCAUUUAGCAUUGUUUUGGACUUGUGCUGGGUUUUUCUGAGGAGCACACAGUGCUUUUCUUUAAAUUGGCAAUAUCAAGGCCUACUUUCCCCCCGUAGAGGAAAACGUGGCCGUGCAGUUUUGGGUAUUCUCAGAUGGAGACAAUAACUCGCAGUAAACAUAAAGCCUAAAGUUGAUUUCAUCAAUAUAUAUUUGUUCUUCAGUUAUGCUCUUUAAGAGAGUUUUCACAAUGUUUCGUAACAUUACACCCUACUGAAAUAAAUGGACACGUCCAGUAGAGAAUAAUGCUUCACAAACCUUUUUAGCUGGGACACCAGUUUAAAAAUUAAAUAAAGUACAACAAGUUGAAUGAUCUAAUCUGAUUUAAAUGAAUAGCUAUUUAACUAUCCUGUAAAGCCCACUAUAAAUAAAUAUGUCGUCCUUCAGAUGAUCCAUUAGUUAUCAGUCUACCUCAGUUAAACUGAAUUUAUUAUGUUUUUUUGUCAGAGUAAGAAGAUGUAUUCACUCAUUGUGUGACCUUUUUUUUAACAUUAUAAAAUGUUUUUGACAAUGUAGCUACCAGAAGGAGGGAAACUAUGUAAGGAGGCAGAGGUUUAGAUUAGAAGUGUUGCAUAAAGGUAAACCCUGGAAAUAAUGUGCUGCUGUGAGUUUGGUCAAUGCCAGUAUUAUGUCAUGUUAUGAACAUUAUGUGUUUCAAUAUGUGAAAUCAGACUUUCAUGUAGUCUAUAUUUGUCUUCUAUGUUUCUGUUUUUCAUCAACUAUGCUAUGUUAUUAAACUCUUUUUCUGUGUUUCUAAACAAAUAUGAUAACUAUAAGUAUAUAAAUCUGUAAUGAGAAGUUAAAUGGUUGUGAUGCUCACGUUUAGUGAUAAAACUCCGGCUUUUGGGGAUUUAUCGAACAAAGUAUGGAGAAAAAACAUGCUUUUGGCAGAGCCACUUUAUCAAACCAUGUCAGACUGUUAUGUACCUGCUGAUAGAUAAAUGAGUCACUGCAUGUUACUUGUUCAUACAGGCACCCAGAGAAUUGUAUCUAUUCCUUUAGAGAAAGAAAGCAUUUUCUGUAACUACACACACACACAUUACAGUAGUUAACACACAUGCUAGAAUGUAUGUGUAUGCAAUAAAGCAAUAAUCCAGCUAAUGAAAUGUAUCUUAGAGCACUGAUGAAAAGAUAUUUACGCACAUGCUUUAGACAAUGCCUUGGCUUGAUCAUCAUGAAUCAGCGCUUUGCCUUGUAGAGAGACAGCUUCAGCUGCCGUGCUUGUGUUGUGUGUGUUGCUUUAUAUUAGAACAAUAUGCUUUGCUUUGUGUACCUGAUGUUUAUGAUAACCGUUGCCUUGUCUUUCUAAUUUGACUCAUUUUGUAUUUUUUAAAAUCUCCUUCUUUUAUAUUUGGUCACAGUUACUGUUCUGGAGCGAGUGGACAGCCAUGGUGCAGUUUCAGGGUUUUGUGCUGAAGUUUCACUUGUGAUUUAACUUUGUUUAGAGACAGUGUAUAGUUUUCAUUGACAGACUGGAAUUAGUUUGCUGAUUGAGUUUUACAUCACUUAGUCACCGGACGCCCUCCAUGUAUCAACAUGCAUCACCUCAUCUCUGCAAGGAUUUCCACAGAGCAACUGUGGGUUGGUGGUAGUGAGUCAUUAACUGUGCUAUUGAUGUGACAAAAUAAAGUCAUUAAUCAUGAU